UUUGCGUGAUCAGAACACAAUCACAGCGUCUGAAUCAUGAACGACAUAAGCCUGCAGCUUCACCACAAACAAGGGGCUAUGGCAUCGCUACUGUCAGAUGAAGAUCGAGAUCAUUUGGAGGAUUGUCUAUUGGAUGUGGAAUUCAGCAGAGCUCCUGACCAGGUUGUGCUGUCUGAGAUGGAUCAAAUCAAUGGCACCUUCCUUCCUGCCAACGCCGCGAGCAGAAAAGUGUGUGACCGGCUUUGGCCCAUGCAGCUGUCCUGCAGCACACCGAACCAACAGCAGGCCGCUCCCGGCACGCAGGAAGUCGAACCAGACCCCGUCCCGACCCAGCGGUGGGCCUCCGGAGCGACACGCGGGCCCACUUUAAUGAGACGCCUCGACGACUCCAGCGACAGGUGCGACCCCGUGCUCGGCACCUCGGCCUCCCACACCGUGGAGAACGUUUCCGUGGUGGUGGAGGCCAGCCACGGUGGGGUCUCCCAUGACAGCCUGAGGGUCUGCAACAAGGUCCAACUGACCGUGUGUGGAGGCGCCCUGCCCAGCCAACGCCUGCUAGCCAGCACCCUGGUGGACGGUGUGAUGGAUGGCUUCAUCCACUACCCGUCCCUCACCAUUCUGAACGCCAAGUUCACGUUCGACCGAGUGACGGAGGAGCGCGAGCCCGGCGGCGGCGGCGGCGUGCGCACGGUCAUGUACGACGCGCGGGGCCGGCUGGACGUGCGCGUGCACCAGCUCAACGCGGCGUCCCGCGGGGAGAAGCUGGCCGAGAACACCAUCAGUUUGGUGGCGAUGUUUUUGGCCUGCAGCAUUGCGGCCGAUGAGCUCCAGGCUGCUACGAAGGCUCCCCCAGAGAAGCCCCCUUCCUCCUCCUCCUCCUCCUCCUCCUCCUCCUCCUCCCCCCAGGGGACCUGCUGCCCUAGUGGGGUGACCACAAAGGAAAGUAUCAUGCCUGACAGACAGCAGGAAAAGUAA